AUGCGCUACUCAACCAUCACCAUCCUCUUCUCGGCCCUCCUCGCCGCCACGGCCCUCGCCCACCCAUCUGACAACCGCCGCCGCAACAUCGACGUCCCCGAGGCCCACGUCACCAACACGGUCGGCCGCCGCGACGUCACAUCUACCUCUUCGUCCGCUGCUACUACCUCGACCGCUGCUGCUGAAUCAAAGGAGGAGGACCCAGACUUCCCCGAUGAGACUGGUGACCGCGGGAACGUCGACGUGCCGGAAGAUGAUGGCGACGACGACGACGAUGACGAUGACAGCGACUCGGAGGACGAGGACGACAAGAAGAAGGCUGGCGCUGGAAGGGGAUAG